AUGGCGAAAAGGGAUGGCAUAGGGCUGGCAGAAAGGCAGGCAGACAAUACAGGUGGAGGUUCAGGUGGAGGACAGACACCCGGGAGGAGGACAAUGAACAGAGUCCAGGGUGGAGACAACGGAGGGAGGAGCCAGUAUGGAGACAGAAGGAGCCAAGGUGGAUCAGAUGGAGGGAGGAACCAGGGAGAAGACAUGAGGGACUUGGAGCAGGGGGAGCCAGGCAGGACCCAGGCCUCAGCCAUGAGGGCGAGCCACAGUGGAGCCGACAGAGGGAGAAGCAAUGGUGGAGGAAGGGUUGACGAUUCCAGGGGGCCGACCGACGGCAGUGGAGCAGGUGUAGGUGGAGCCCGAGGUGGAGACAGAGAGCCGAUUAGCCAGGGCAACGGGGGGGAUUCGGAGGGCCAAGGCGGAGCAGAUGGCUCCUGCGACCGAGGCAGAGACUGGGAUCCAGAAUGCCACGGUGGAGCCGAAGCGACAGAGGAUCAAGGUGAAGCCAGAGGGAUGGAGGGACGAGGCACAGCCGGAGGAGUGGAGUCUUGA